AUGGCGUCCAAGUUCCCAUCAGAGGGAGAUGAAAAGGUCAAGCUACACACUAGAAAAGGUCAUGACAUGAAAUGGUCAUGUGACAUACACGGUGAGCCAAUCAAAUUUUACUGUAAAGAACACGACAUCCCUCUUUGUCAUCCAUGUGCGACCAAAGAUCACCAGAAACCAUGUCACCUUGAAAAUAUCGGACAUGUCACCUUGGAGCUGGUCAGGAAGCUGGAUGAUAAACGGCUUGAAAUAGAGAAAACGAAACCACACUUACAGAAUCUGGACUCUAAAAUACAAACUUGUUCAGCUGAUGCAAGAAAACAUAUUCAGUCCAUCGAUGGUGUGGCUAACGCUACGUUCGAGAGUAAAAUGAAGAGCGUGAAAGACACGGAGCGGGAUAAAAUUCGUUCGAUAAACGAAGAGGCGGAUAAGGACAUACAGAAGAUCAACGAGAAGAGAGAACAGCGAAUCAAAUCAUGUAACGAAGAAGCAGAACAGCAACAUGUAGUCAUUAACAAAAAACAAGCAAAAGUUCUUUUAGAAACCAAAGAAAUAAGCGAGGUGGUUUCUAAAAAGAUAAAAGAUCUUAUAAGUAAGAAUCAGCAUGCAAUCAGCACAAUAAACAAUAUUGACACCAAUAUCAAACGAAUCGAACAAGAUGACAAAACAUUAGUAAAUGAAGCUCAUCAAGUAAUUGCAGCACUUAAUGACAGUUUAAGUUCGAAUGUUCAUCAAGAUGUUAGCGACUGUCUUGACCGAAUACAGCGUGAAGUUCAGAAAGUGAAGUUUGUCGAGGGUGAAGUAGGUGGGGAACACUAUGGGAGAAUUGAUGGCUAUAUCGGUAAAUGGGAGCUUGUCAAGUCGAUCCACAUUCCACCGAUAGUUAAUUACUCACGGGUGUGUAGUUUGAUCAGUGAUGAUGAGAUAUGUGUGCGGGAAGUAAUGAACGAUGUCAUGUACGUUACAAAUAUUAGCACUGAACACACACAGGAAGUCACUGAAGGAAGUAGUAACAUGUAUAUUACAUCAUGCGCCCCCAUAGACAGUAACGUAAUAGUAUGUGGUAAGGGUGGACAAGGCUUCACGGGUGACAGCUUGGAUGGAUGCAUCACUCUCUAUGACAGACAAUGGAAGGUGAUUAGAGACAUCAGCAUACCGAGGAAUAGCAGCUAUUAUGUAGAGGUGUACGUUGAUGUUGACAGGGAUGGGAUGAUCCUCGCUGCUCAGUACGAUCAGUCUAAUAUCUACGUCAUCAACCCUGCUGAUGGUAAGAUAGUAAACACUAUUACGAUGCAUGGCAAGAUGGUGAGGGGUGACUUACAAGCCUUGUCAUCAGGUGAUAUCGUUGUGAAGACAGGUAAUGAUAAAUUCACUGUCAUCUCACGGUCGGGAGAAGAGAAGGCUGUCAUACACUGUGAUGAGUGGAAGUCGGCACAGUGUCGCGUUGACAAACUUAUACCCCAUUCACAAGAGCGUAAUAUCUACGCGGUCGAUCAGGUGUCAUGUGAUGGUAUCAUACAGGCAAGGAGGAUCGUGGAAUACGAGAAAUCAGACCGACGCUCCCUCACUAACCCAUGCAUUGUAGCUGCGUCUGGUAACCUUGUAGCUUGUGACGGAGACAAGCUCUUUGUGUACAAGAACAAAUUUAUUGUAUGA